CCAUCAUGGCCAUCCAAACUUCCUACGAUACGAUAAAUACAUACUGCAUACUUGAUUUCUCUCUCCGUAUAUGUAUACAAAUUUUGCGAGCGACCAAUGUAUCUAUCUGUGAGUCUUUUUAACUGCCUUUUUCACCGGAGAGCAAAAAUUCUAAAACCCAAACUCCCCAUUAAGGAACAUACGUACGCACCCGCCAUGCCAGGUGUUUUCGGGUGAUUCUUGAAGUGGGUAGCUUGAUUUUCAGGUGAUUCCUGUUUAAGUUGUGAUAAUCAAAUUCCUGUUCCGGCAAGGGACGGGCCAUCAACUCAUCUCCGUACACUUUGGAAGCUUAAGCGCUUGCACUGGUGGCUAUUGGUGGUUCUAAACGUAUUUUUUCUUCUCGUCGGUCAAGCUGCCGCUGUCCUGUUGGGAAGGUUUUAUUACGACAAAGGUGGAAACAGUACAUGGAUGGCCACUCUAGUCCAAACAGCUGCUUUCCCGAUCCUUCUUGUUCCAUAUUCUUUUCUUCGUUCCUCAAACGACUCUCCAGGUUUAUCAGCCCCAUCUUCUGUUCUUGUUCUGUGCUCAAUCUAUUUCGUUGUUGGAGUCCUAAUCGCCGGUGAUAACAUGCUAUAUUCUAUUGGACUACUAUACCUAUCUGCCUCUACUUAUUCUCUUAUUUGUGCCACUCAGUUAGCCUUCAACGCAGUUUUCUCUUUCUUCAUCAAUCGCCAAAAGUUCACCCCUUUAAUCCUCAAUGCAGUUGUAAUUCUUUCAUUUUCCGCAUCUCUGCUUGCUGUGAAUGAGGACUCAGAUAAACCUUCUGGGGUCUCCAACAGGAAGUAUGUGAUCGGAAUUCUCACCGCCCUUGCAGCUUCUGCUCUGUACUCUCUUUUACUGUCCCUCAUGCAGCUAACGUUCGAGAAAGUUCUGAAGAAGGAAACAUUUUCCGUUGUUCUUGAAAUGCAAAUAUAUACGGCUUUUGUGGCUAGUUGUGUCACCAGUGUGGGCCUUUUUGCAAGCGGAGAAUGGAGGACCAUCCGGGGUGAAAUGGACAGUUUCACCACCGGAAAAGUUUCUUACGUAAUGACUCUCGUCUGGACAGCCGUGGCUUGGCAAGUUUGCUCUGUUGGUGUAGUAGGUUUGGUGUUUGUGGUGUCUUCUCUCUGCUCCAACGUCGUCAGUACCCUCUCGUUGGCUGUUACUCCUAUUGCUUCUCUGAUAGUCUUCCAUGACAACAUGAACGGUGUUAAGAUAAUCGCAAUGUUGAUAGCUUUCUGGGGUUUCGCGUCUUACAUAUUUCAGAAUUAUCUCGACGAUCUCAAGGUAACGAAGAACCAAACUGCAGGUAACAACGAGGCUGCUAACGAUCCUCAUUGCUGAUGGUUCUUGAUUUUGCGGGCUCUAGAUAACAUCUCUGUCUUUGUAAGAAAAGCCUCAUUAGUCACUCUGAUUGGAUACAGAUUAAGCUAAUUUCAGCAGCCAAUGCUGAAUCCUAUAUACACUGUGAAUUCUUUGCAGUAGUCUUAGAUCAAUCAAGUGCAGAAAUUUCUGGAGGAGUGUAAUUCAAUUUGAAGAGAAAUCUCUCUCUCUCUCUCUCUCAUCCUACUUCUCCCCUUGUGCUGAAAAUCGUGGAUGUGGGAGAUGCGAUUGGUCACCAGCCAUAAUGGAAUUACAUGUAAAACAACAAAUUUUAGACGGGGUAUUUGUAAUUUUCAAUUUAAUGAAAUAUAUUUAUAAUUAUGGUAAA